CCCCAAGCCACCAAUCCCAAAUCCUCGACAUUUCAUUGUCGUACACCAAACUCCGUUAUUCACGCGCCAUUUCACGCCGUCAUCGUUACAUCUUCUGUCCUCUUCAAAACGUCAACGCCCGUGUCCAAACCCACAACCCACCCGAUUUUUCUCUCUCCCCUAAAUCACCGACUCUUAAUACCAAACCAUAAUAAAAUACCACCAACCCAAACUCAUAAAUAAGAAACUAAAUUCUCUCUCCUCCGCCAUUUUUCCCGAUCACCGGCAAAUGGAUUCUCCGGGAGCAGUAAGGUUUCCUUUAGGCCGUCAAUCCUCCUACGCUGCUCUCGACAAACUCGCCUGUGCCGGGGAUGAUGAUGUCAACAAUCAUUAUACUACCAGCGAUGCAGAUAAUCAUCUGAUCCGUCCACCGCCGUUGAUUGAGUUGACUGAUGGAUCAUCAGACGGUGCAGCAGAACCGGAGGAGAAUAACGAUGACCUUGACGAAAUUGAGAUUCCGGCGAGUGUGAAAUUGAUGUUUGCUGCACAUGAAGGAGAUUUGGAAGGGAUUAAAGAACUUGUAGAGGAAUCUAAUGCAGAUGUUAAUUUUAGAGAUAUUGAUAAUCGUACUCCUUUACAUGUUGCUUCUUGUCAAGGUUAUGUUGAGGUUGUUGAUUUGUUGAUUCAAAUGAAUGCUGAUGUUGAUCCUAAAGAUCGUUGGGGCAGUACGCCACUUGCAGAUGCCAUAUUUUACAAGAACCAUGAGGUGGUGAAGCUUUUGGAGAAUCAUGGUGCAAAACCUCCUAUGGCUCCUAUGCAUGUCAAAAAUGCCCAUGAUGUCCCGGAAUAUGAAAUUGAUCCCCAGGAAAUUGACUUUAGCAACAGUCGUAACAUCAAUAAGGGAACCUUUCUUAGAGCAUCAUGGAGGGGGAUAGAAGUUGCUGUCAAAAAGCUUGGCGAUGAAGUAUUCACCAAUGAAGAUAAAUUGCGGGCUUUCAGGGACGAGCUCUCUUUGCUUCAGAGAAUUCGACAUCCAAAUGUGGUUCAGUUCUUGGGAGCUGUUACUCAGCACACACCAAUGAUGAUUGUUACUGAAUUUUUACCCAGGGGAGAUUUUUGUGAGUUCUUGCAAAACAGAGGACCAUUAAGACCCAAAACAGCAGUGAGAUAUGCGCUUGACAUUGCAAGGGGAAUGAGUUAUCUGCAUGAGAUUAAACCACUUCCAAUUAUUCAUUGUGACCUUGAACCUUCCAACAUAUUGUGUGAUGAUUCUGGACACCUUAAAGUUGCCGAUUUUGGAGUAAGCAAGCUUUUGAAAGUUUCCAAAGGCGUUGAAGAAGACCGCCCUGUACCUGAUGGAGAAACUUCAUGUCGUUAUAUGGCACCAGAGCUAUUCAGAAAUGAAAACUAUGACACCAAAGUUGAUGUAUUUUCAUUUGCUUUAAUUCUUCAGGAGAUGAUUGAAGGCUGCCCACCUUUUGCCUCAAUGGACGAAAAAGAUGCACAAAAGGCGUAUUGUGCAAAUGAGCGUCCUCCUUUUAGAGCUGCAGGAAAACCAUAUGCACAUGGAUUGAAAGAGUUAAUUGAAGAGUGCUGGAAUGAAGAUCCAAGAAAAAGACCAACUUUUAGAGAGAUAAUUCCGAGACUUGAUCAUAUAUUCAAUCAUCUCGGUAGGAGGAAACGUUGGAUAAAGGUUAGGCCGCUGAAAUGUUUUCAAAGAAAUGAAUCCAGUCUUGGUAGUUCAUCUUAUGCUAUAUGACUUCGACGCAUUUUUUGUCUAGAAUUUCAAUCAGAAUCAGGCAUUGAAAACAUUAUUGUUCAUGAUAUGGGAAGAGAUUUCGUUGUACCAGUUAACUGGGUUGCCCCGAAGCACAUCUUAGGAAUGAAGCUGAUGAAAUCUAAGCAAUCAAUGUUAGUGCUUAAUUUUUUGGACUUAUUUGGACUUCCCACGUAACAUUAACUCCCUCAGCAUUCAUAUUGUGAUAUAUGAUUGAUCACUUGCUAUUCAAAAUUAUGUAAUUUGUCUCUACAAGGUAGUAUAGGAGUGAUAACACACGAUUUUGUGCAACAUCAUCUAUAUGUAUUCUAGAUUGGUAUAUUUUGUACUAUUACUAUCUACUACUAUCAAGUUGUUGAAAAGUUGUAUGCUUUUGAUU